AUGAAAAUCUACAUCAUAUUUUGUAUCACAAUGUGCAAGCUGGUAGAUUUGACAUUUGUCAAUCUCUUUGCAAACUCGCCGAGAUCACGUAGUUUGGAAGCGGUUCAGUAUCUUGCCAAACUCUAUGAACAGAGUGAUCAAGGAUAUCCCAGUGAAUCAGAGAAAUCAUUGGAGUUCCUCUAUCAAUAUAUUGAAACCAAACUACAAGAGAAUCUAAAGAAGAGAAAAGAUAGAAAAACAUAA